UGUGCGCAUGCGCGCGCGGGCCCCGGGCGAGCCAGUGGAGCCGGCGGGCCUGGCACGUGACCCGAGGCCGGCUCGGUGGCUCGGUAGCUCGGUUUGUCCGUCCGUCUGUCCGUCCGCGGGUGCCAUCAUGGCGGACGCGGCCAGUCAGGUGCUCCUGGGCUCCGGCCUCACCGUCCUGUCCCAGCCGCUCAUGUACGUGAAGGUGCUCAUCCAGGUGGGCUAUGAGCCUCUUCCUCCAACAAUAGGACGAAAUAUUUUUGGGCGGCAAGUUUAUCAGCUUCCUGGUCUCUUCUCCUACGCUCAGCACAUUGUGCGAAUCGAUGGGAAGCGUGGUCUGUUCACAGGCUUAGCUCCGAGACUCUGUUCUGGAGUCCUGGGAACUGUGGUCCAUGGACAGGUUUUACAGCAGUUCUGUCAGGAACCUGAAAAGACUGAGGAGUUAGGAUCUGGACAUAUACAAAAAGAAGUCCCAGCUUCCUUUGAGCGAAUUGUCAAGGAGACCACUCGAGAGAUGAUGGCUCGAUCUGCUGCUACCCUCAUCACCCAUCCCUUCCAUGUGAUCGCAUUGAGAUCGAUGGUACAAUUCAUUGGCAGAGAAUCCAAAUACUGUGGACUCUAUGACUCCAUAAUCACCAUCUAUCAGGAAGAGGGCAUUCUGGGAUUUUUUGCGGGUCUUGUUCCUCGCCUCCUAGGUGACAUCAUUUCUUUGUGGCUCUGUAACUCACUGGCCUACCUCGUCAAUACCUAUGCACUGGACAGUGGGGUUUCAACCAUGAAUGAAAUGAAGAGUUACUCCCAAGCCGUCACUGGGUUUUUUGCCAGUAUGUUGACUUAUCCCUUUGUGCUCGUCUCGAACAUCAUGGCUGUCAACAACUGUGGGCUUAUUGGUGGGGGUCCUCCUUUCUCUCACAUAUAUACUUCUUGGAUCGAUUGCUGGUGCACACUACAGAAAGAGGGAAACAUGAGCCGAGGAAAUAGCUUGUUUUUCCGGAAGGUUCCCUUUGGGAAGACAUAUUGUUGUGACCUGAGAAUGUUAAUUUGAAGAUGUGGGGCAAAGCCAGUGACAUUUCUGUAGUCCCAGAUGCACAGAAUGAUGGGAGAGAAUGUUGAUUUCUAUACAGUGUGGCGCGCUUUUUUAAUAAUCACUUAAUCUUGGGAAAAUGGAGAUGUUUGAUGUCUGCCUUUUCUGUUCUUCUCUCAGAACAACCUAAUUGACCACUGGUAAACCCCCCCCCCCUUUGUUAUACUGAAAUGGGAUUUUUUUGCUCUAAGCCUUUUUAGUUUACUAAAAGAGAAAGGGAAACAAAAAGAAAGAACAGUGUAUGUUUUCCUAAAGGUCCAGGCAGGUUGUCUUAUUUUGUCUUUCAUUUUAAGGAUUUAUAAUGUGAAAAAAUACCAUCCCAGAAGCAAGGAACUCUUCUGUAAGACUUCAGAAAACAAGUGAGGCAAACGCUAGGAGAUGGGUCUGGCCUUGUCAGUAGGUCUAGAUAUAGCAGCACGCCCAUGCUUUCCCCAUGCUGCUCAGUAUACCCCAUUAACUGACUCAUAUUUCACGCACAGGGCACCAAACAGUACCAAACUACCAUAGCCAUCAUCCCCCGUCUCUGUGAGGCAUCCACACCUCUGAUCUGUAAUUGCCAAAACAUAAAUUGUCACCACUGCCACAAAAAAGGACAGAGGAUAAUAGAAGAGAAGGAGGUGUAAUGCACAUUACUCCAAGGGAAGCCCCUGCUCAAAGCCCAUCAUUAGGCCUCUGAUUGUACAGAAUUUUUGGUUCUUCCAUUUCUUCAUUUGCUCCUUGGUGGUUAUAGUGGCAGAAGGUAAGUCAAUGUUUCAUUCCUUUAUUCCUACUGCUCCCUUCUGAGGGUGGGUUUGUGGCUUCAGAGCCCAUGAGGCCUUUUGGGUACGACCCCUUAGGAGAACCACCCAUCUCUGGUCAGACUUGGCAUCAAAAGGAGAAAAGGACCAGUGUUGGCUCAAGAAUGAAGCUCCCCUUGACUUGCUCCUUUAACAGGCAGGUUCAAAUGCUUGACAUGAGAAAGUCUGAUUUCACUUAGCUCAGUAAUAAUGUCCUCGAUGUUGCCAAGCUAGGGAUCAUUGGUCUGCUGCUCCCUCCCCGGGGUUUGAGGAUACACACAGCCUGAAGGCCAAGAGCAACUUGAAAGGUCUUUGCUGUCUCAUACAUUGUCUCAAAAAGAAAUGUAAAUAUUUUUAUUCUAUCCAAUAUUAUCUGCAUUGUUUUUAAUAUAAAGAUGUUUUACAUUGCCCACUUUUUUUGCCUGAAGAAAAAAAAGACUUCCAAGUAAAGAUGAUCCCGGAAAA